GUUUGUUUACUUGUAUUAAAGAAAUUAAUUGAAAAACGCUCUUUUAAGCUCAAAUACUUUUGCACUGGCUGCAAUAUAUGAUAAUAAUGAGUGGUAUAAUCGACCUGUCCUGUGUGAAAAUUGAGCGCGACCAGGAGCUGGAGCAGCAGCAGGAAUUCCAUGGAAUUUUGGAGAACGCCAACUGUGCUCAACUAAAAACUGAGUUGUCUUUCCCAGAGAUAGACAUAGGACCAGUUAAAGUAGAUCCGGAUGGAUUGAGAGAAGAGCCAGCAGGCAAGGGGCAGGUUAAACAAAGAAAUGAGACUCUGAGGACUUGCAAGAAGAAGAGAGCUGCUGCAGCAGCAGUUGCUGUUUCUUCUACUGCUGCCAAGAAACAGCAUCAGUGCCCACAUUGUCCACGGCAUUUCGAACGCAGCGAUGAGCUGAGUAUUCACCUGCUAAUACACACGCAUAAUCUCUCCUACAAGUGCUCCUACUGCCCGUGCAGCUUUUCGCACAAAUCCAUCUAUACAAGCCACAUGUAUGGACACACGGGGAAAUUUCCCCAUCAGUGCCCCGACUGUCACCAGGGCUAUAUGAAAUAUGCGGAUCUGAUGAAGCACCAACGCACGCAUAUUAUCAGGGAUAUGAACAGGUGUCCUUUGUGUCCCAAGAAUUGCAUACACAAGGGCAAGAAUUUUCUUCAAUGCCCGCAAUGUCCACGCGUCUUUGCCAAAGGCUUCGAACUGGAGAUCCAUCUGCAGAUCCACAGCAACAAGUUGCCCUACAAGUGUCCACAUUGUCCGAUCAGCUUUGCCCACAAAUCUAACUUUAUAGCGCACGUUCGCGAGCAUACGGGCGAAUUUCCACAUAAAUGCCCGAACUGUCCGAAAGGAUUUAUGAAGCGCACUGAUUUGAUUAAGCACAUUUGUGAAGGGUGGAGUACUCCAAGCAGGGCGAACAAGAAGAAAAAACUUGGAAUUGAUAAGGAGGAGCCAGUGGAGCAACCCGAAGCGCUGCUAAAACAGGAGCCAGCUAAGACUCGGGUGGGAAAAAGAAGCAGUCCAAGAGCCAAACGGCCUGCACAGCAAUUG